GUCUGCCGUCUGCCGUCGACCCUCCCUCGUGGUUCCUGGUACCUCGUACCUCGUCUCGUGCCUGUGGCCCCCGAGCCGGUGUUGCACUGCGCCCAUGCCACCCCCUGGCCCAACCGCCCCUUGUGUAUCCAGUACUCGGGCCCUUUGCCCUCGUGCAACCCGACGUCACCAGUCCUUCGCUGGUGGACGACUACCGUCUUGGGUCCCCAUGCCCAGUGACCCUUGGAACCCCCCGUAAUCUUGUCGGGCCUGGAGCGGUAAACGGACAGACGGCUCCAGCAGAGACGUGGUGGUGUGUCUUUGAUGCCCUGGCCUGCCUGGAUGCUUGGGGGCGCUGCCAUUGCCCGGGGGCCGGGCUUGGCACAAUGCACCGCUCGACAGACGAAUUGCCUCUCCACCGAGAUCUUCCAUUGUUUCGAUAUGGCCCCCUUCCCCCUUUUGGUGGGAGUGUUCGAUGCCUUUGACCGUCUCCUUCCUCUCUGGCCCCUUCCCUUCGUUCCUGCGAUGCGAGAGGCUUCUCGCUCGACGUCUUGACCCCUACACUCAUUCCAUCACACGCCGUGAGGCGCCUUGCACUCCUUUGCAUCUUCGCUACGCUCUUUGAACCUUUGCAGUUUCCUUUUUUCCCGUAAGACGCAAACCCGUCCGCUUUGUUGGCCCCUUGGUCCGUUCGCUUCCUGGCUCGACACCCGCCUUCUGAGUUACCAGUCUCUGGGCAACACCUACACGCGGGAGUGCCGAGCAUCUUUGCACGACGACAGCUGGCUGCAUUACCCUGAAAACGACGGCAUCCUGGUAGCACGGUCGUUUCGUGCCCUGCGAGUAAACGCCGAUUAUCAGUCCGAAUCUUUUGGUUGCUGGUAGAAGAGUGGGCGCAGUAUUGUUGACAGACCCCGAAACCCUUGGAUCGAUAAAUUAUCGGAGACCUUUUGUUUUCUUCAGCUUGAGUCUUCAAACGAGAAGAAAACUUUGGUUUUUGGAAAUUAAAUUGCUGUGGUUGCCAUCACGACGUACGCACCGGCGAAGCUUUCCCAACCACGCCUGAACCGGCAAACUGCACAGCAUCAGACCAUCGCCACCACGCAGCAGCAGCUGAAAAAAGUCAGUCGGACCGAACAAACGGGUCUCUAUCUUUGGCCUUGUGAACGCGUGUGGGAAACAUUGAGUUUCGGCGGGGAUUGUGCCUGACGUAGUGUCUGGGCCGCGCGCUGGAAUUCAGAGUCUUGGAACGCUCGCGGGGCUGGGACGAGCCUUCUUCUGGGUGAGCCAUUCCUUUGCCAUUGUCGAUAUUCGCGUCGCCUUACGGGCAUCGAUUGUGCUUCCUUGAUUUUUUUUCACAUCUUGCCGAUUGCGUGUCUAUCCCUGGACGCGGUCGUAUUUGCAACAGCAUUUUAUCAUCAUUUCAUCGGGGCGCGACGCCGUGCUGUGCUUGGAAGCCGCCCUUUGUCCUGCAUCACAUCAUCCUCACUACCCCUCUCAUCAUCAGUCACUUUACGCGUCAGUUCACCACGCUGGGCUUGAGUGAAGCGCGGACUGGGGGAGUUGGGAGCAACGACGGUUCUCGUCUUCGUGGCGGACGGAUUGAGGAGGCGAGCGUCUCUACCUGAGCUGCUCGGCUGCCUCGAACCACCACCUCCUUCCGCUUCUUCAUCCCACUGCGCCUGCACGCCCGCCUCGCACCUCAUCCUCUCAUCUACCUCUUCUCGCACCGCCUUCCCCCUCGUUCGACCGCUCGCCACAUCGCGGCUUCUCUCCUCCAACGCUCAGUUCUCCUGUACAGUCCCUCCGCUACCCUCUUUUGACACAGCUUGAGCGCAGCCGAGCAGGGCUAUUCAUUUCGGACCGUGACUGACGUGCGUUCAUUUAGACCGCCUUCUCGCGUCAUCCGCUCCUUUACCCGGCGCAAACGAUAGCAGAAGCCGUUUGACACGCACGCCACCUCUGGUGCAUCGUUCACACGAUGACCAAACUAUCACUCGCCCUCUCGGCGGGCCUCAUCGCAGGCGCCAACGCCUUCUGGCGCAUGGAAUGCCCUGGUCGCGUCGGACUUGCGCGAAUGGACCCUAUCGUCAAUCCAGGCAGUGUUUCCGGUCACGUCCACGCGAUUCACGGAUCCGAUGGAUUCUCCGAGACCGCCAACUCCGAGGACCUUCUCGCCGGCAGCUGCACCUCGUGCCGUGUCACGCAGGACAAGUCGUCGUACUGGACCCCUGCGCUCUACUUCCAAAAUGAGGAUACUGGCAAAUACGAGCUUGUCCAACAGGUCGGAGGCAUGCUUGCCUACUACCUGCUUUACGGGGAGAACAUCACGGCCUUCCCCACGGGGUUCCGCAUGCUGUCAGGCACCAACGAGCGCCGGACGUACACCGUGGCCGACCCCGACAAGCCCGACCCGGACAAGUCGAUGUGGAAGUCUCUCGGCCAGACCAAGCAGGAGGAUCUCGAGCAGCGAGCCAUCGGCUUCAACUGCCUUAACUAUGACAAGACACCAGAGGGCACGCUCUACCGCCACUACAUGCCCGACAAGCAAUAUCUCGACGCCAACUGCAAGAAUGGCAUCCGCAUGGAAAUCAUGUUCCCCUCUUGCUCCAAGGGCGUCGAGCACCUAGACAGCGAGAACCACAAGGACCAUGUCGCUUUCCCUGAUCUCGUCAUGUCUGGAACCUGUCCGGACACCCACCCCGUGCGCCUGCCAAGCCUGCUGUACGAGGUUAUCUGGAACACCUAUGCCUUCAAGAACAAGAGGGGAAGCUUUGUCUUCUCCAAUGGAGACAAGACUGGCUACGGCUAUCAUGGUGACUUUAUGAUGGGCUGGGAACAGAGCUUCCUGCAGAAAGCCGUCAACACCUGCACGAACCCUUCGGGCAGAAUUGAGGACUGCCCGCUGUUCAAUGUCGUGAGCGAGGCCAAGGCCACGGCUUGCGGCCUUAAGAAGUCGCUGCCGCAGGCCUUGUUCGGCGAGGAUGUCAAGGGACCGAUGAUCAAGCUGCCGGGUGGUAAGCCUGACGGCCCUGGCGCACCGGCCCCGUCCGCUCCUGCCGCUCAGCCGAGCUUGACCUACAAGCCUGGCGAGAAACCGUCGGCACCUGCCUCUCCCCUUCCCGGCCAGAUCUUCAAGGCAUCCUCGAGCGCUCCGGCAGUCCCGACAACAGCCGCUGUUCCCACCUCUUCCAGCUAUGCAGUCAAGGCAAACCCUGAGAACGCCGCGCCUACGACGCCGACAACGCCUCCGCCCCCACCUCCUCCAGCCAGCACCCCGGCGCCGGAUACUAAGAGCUUCUACAGCACCCAGUACGUGACUAACGGCAAAACUGUGACCGAGAUCCUCUGGGAGAUGGAAGAGAAGACUGUCUACGUGACACAGGACAUCGUGGCGAAGGAGACGGCCGCACCCGUGGCCUCCCGGCGGCGGCGUCGCGGUGCUCACCUACACGGUCGCCACGGAAAGCGGCUAUAAGACAAGAAUUGCGAGGAGACACGGAAGAAAUAGGGUGACGGGAUUUUUUUGGAGGAUUUUUGCCAUCUGGACAGGCUCCAGAUGACAAGGUGACAUUCGAGUGGCAUGAUUGGCAGUACAUUUGGCUUUGCGCUUUCUUUUCAUAGAGCAGAGAUGCUACCCAGCCUUGGUGAACAUAUGGUGCUUUUACAUUUGCGACACGUACUGCCGAGGUGCUGGAUGCCUGUUGCAAGUGACGUGCC